UGGCCUAUCGGCAACCUCAACACACAGAUAUACACCCUUUUUGUAAGAAGAUUAAAAAGACUGGGGGGUGGGGGGUAUAAAAAAAAAUCAAAGCGGCUGAGGUUAGAUGCAGCCAGCGCGGGGUGCUGUGUGGAUCACAGAGGUGUUUGGAUCUGCGCGUAAAUUCAGAGGAGAAACCGGACGACGAAGAAGAGGAGGAAAAGGACAAUGCUGUUUUAUAUCGUCUUUGAAAAAUGACUCUUCAUUAGGGGAUGCCGCAUAGAUCUGAUAAUAAUCAGUAGUGUUUCGAUUAUCUUUCGGAUUCAGCCCUCGCACAGGCGCCGGCAUCUCAGGGAUACAUCACAGCUUACUGUACACUGUCUUAUUUUAUUUUGGUACUUUGGAUGCUCUUAAUUAUACAGUUUUUUAUUCCUGUAGCGGAUGUCUUCGACUGAAUAUUAAAUGGUUCCCUGGAUGUGACCGUCUUAUGUUUUAUUUGGCCGCCGCAUGAAUUCUCCCACCGGAUCCUCGUCGGUGUACGCUGCUGUCCUCCUCCUCCUCCUCCUGCUGCUCAGACGGCCGAUUCUCGCAGAGGGCACUACCCUCCUCCCUGCCUCUAAAGACAUUUUGAUCGUCCUCCCCGGUUCCCCCCACCCGGACUCCUCGACCAUCACUCCGCCUGCCUCCUCUUCCACCACCACCACCACCACCACCUCCUCUCCAGUAACAUGUCGGGACAGUCUUUGACGGACCGGAUCGCCGCCGCGCAGCACAGCAUGACCGGAUCUGCCAUCAGCAAAGCCGUCUGCAAGGCCACGACGCAUGAAGUCAGCGGACCCAAGAAGAAACACCUUGACUACCUGAUCCACUGCACCAAUGAGCUGAACGUCAGCAUCCCCCACCUGGCAGACACACUGCUGGAGCGCACAGCCAGUAACAGCUGGAUAGUGGUUUUCAAAGCGCUCAUCACCACACACCACCUCAUGAUGUACGGCAACGAGAGAUUGAUGCAGUACCUUGCCUCCAGAAACACGCUCUUCAACCUCAACAACUUUCUAGAUAAGGCUGCACUACAAGGGUAUAACAUGUCAACUUUCAUCAGACGCUACAGCCGCUACCUGAAUGAAAAAGCCAUGUCUUACAGAUUAGCAGCAGUGGACUUCACCAAGAUGAAGAGAGGGGCUGAUGGUGUGAUGCGCACCAUGAACACAGAGAAGCUGAUUAAGACCCUGCCCAUCAUUCAGAACCAGCUGGAUGCACUGCUGGAUUUCCAGCCUAACUCCAAUGAGCUCACCAAUGGAGUGAUCAACACAGCUUUCAUGUUGCUGUUUAAAGACUCCAUACGGUUGUUUGCUGCUUACAACGAGGGAGUCAUCAACAUGCUGGAGAAAUACUUUGACAUGAAGAAGAACCAGUGCAAAGAAGCUUUGGAGCUCUACAAGACUUUCCUCAACAGGAUGACCAAACUGUCCGAGUUUCUCAAAGUGGCAGAGGCUCCCAGCUCUCUCCUGGAGGCUCUGGAGCAGCAUCUAGCCUCUCUGGAGGGCAGGAAGCUCAAGGACCUCUCCUCUGCCAGCAGAUCCAGCACUUUGUCCAGUGCGGUGUCCUCUCUGUCCAGCACUGGGAUCUCUCUCAGCCGCAUGGAUGAAAAGACAGAUGACAACAGACUGCAGCAACACAAGGAGGACGGUCAUAAGGUGAUUGACAUUCAGACACCUAAUGUGUCACCCAGCACCCAGUCAGUGGGCAGUGCCAACAGCAGCAGAGGGGCCACAGAUCUCUUCUCCAACUCACCAAUUGUACCCGUCAACAACCAUGUGCCAAACCUGACCAGUGAGCUGUUCACCCUGCAGCCUAACUUCACCCCCAUCCAGACCACACACACUGUGCCCAACAAUAACAAUGCCUGGGGAGGUGACCUGCUAAAGCCAGCCCCACCCGCUCAAAUUCACAGCCGAGUCCCAUUGCACUCUGGGAAAAUGCUGCCCAACGAUUUGGACUCGUCAUUAGCCAACCUCGUUGGUAACCUGCAGUUUGGGGGGACGCCUGCUAAAAAGCCAGAGCUCCAGUGGAGUCAGCUGGUAGAGAAGAAGCCAACAGGAGGGGGCGGCUGGCAGUCGAAGACCAUGUGCACCAGCACCAACUGGACUCACACCACCCAUCCCAUGGCACCUGCACCCAUGCCUGUCCCUCAGAUGAAUGGGAUGAUCUAUACUGGCUAUGCUCCCGCACCAGUGGCUUUUCCUAUGACGACACCCCAAGUGCCUGUGUAUGGAAUGCUCCCUCCUCAGAUGAGUCAUCAGAUGGGGGGCGUUCCCAUGAUGCCCCCGCAGCCUGUCAUGUAUAACCAGCCUGUCCUGAGACCCACUAAUCCCUUUGGACCCAUCCCGGGGACACAGAUGCACUUCAUGUAGGGAUGAUGUUGUAACCAUGGCAGCAAAGCCGAGAGAGAGAAGGCGAGAGGAAUGAGAUGGAGAGAGAGAGAAAGAGUCGAGGAAAACAAAUCCAGAACCAAAUCCAGUGCCGCAGGAAGAAAGAGGAAGACAGAGAGGGAAAAGGGAGGGGAGAGGAAGGAGGAGAGAGGACCAGAGGACGGAUGAAAGAUGAAAUGCUGAUGUCUGUUUCCAUGUCGCCUCACCCUCUAAUCUCCUCUCCUCUCUCCAUGUGGCUACUGAUCUCUCUGUCUUUGAAUGGGGCACCAGAGGCUCCGCAUCACUCCCACUCAUCCUCUUGUUUGAUUCGCCAAUUCAAAUGGCGAUUACGACCUGUGAUGACAGCUCUGAGGAAGUGCAGAAGCUCUGCUGCCACUUGCCGACCUCCUCAUCCCCGAUAAUUUCCUGUAUAAAAACUUGCCCACUUCAAACUCGGAGGACACGCGUCUCUUUCUCUGAUUGGAUUGUUUGCUGGCACUUUACUCAAUGUGAACUUUGCCAAGGGUGUAUGUCUGUGUAGGUGAUUUUAGCGUCUUGUUCGGACUGGUUCCCAGUUUGCGUGUCAUCCAUCACCUGAUGUCAGUGAAUGCGUGCGUUCCUUUUUCUACAUUUAAGUGUGCUGCAUCGACAUUACCGUUUUGAGUCUUUUUAUGAGCUCCGUUUGUUCUUAAUUGCCAACUUCAUAUCAGAAAUCCGGCGUGGAACGAUAAUUUGCGUGUGUUUGUGUGUGGAUGGAUGUGGUUGUGUACUGUAUGUGUUUCUCUUUUGGUACCUGAUGUCAUUACUGUGUUGCCAGGUACCAAUGUGUUACUGCACUGGAACUAACUGAUGAAAGCACUGAGCCAGACCCAGGCAUCACAUUUGGAUGUAAACAAACCUCUAACUUUGCUACUUGGGGUCGUGCUUUACACACUGUGUUCAUUUUUUUUCUCCUCCUCUACAGCUGUGCAAUAUCAUGCAAUCUCGUUACCGUCUUUUCCCCCCAUCUGUAGGCUGUUUAGAAAGCUGUUUAUAGUGUUGUCGUGUGUCCACAUCAGGUUUCUGUACAGAAGGCUGAUUAACUUUGUAAAACCUUUUCUGUUGACACCCAUACUGCUCUAAAAGUAGUGAAAAAUGCACUGAGAGCCAGAUAGAGAGGUGACUGGAUAUAAGCGAGGAUGUGAUUCUUAGUCUUGCUAAUCAGAAAUGGUCCAAACUGUAUGAUUCCCUCCCUGCCCUGAGCAGUCGUCCUGUCUAACACGAGUCUCCUGUGAAGCCCUUUGUAAAUCCAAAUCCUGGAUGAGGGAAAUUUCCACAGCAGAUGUCUCACCUCCACUUGGAGGAAUUAAAAACACUGCUACCACAGGGAGGGGCUUGCUAAUGUAGUGCUAACAUUUACAGACAGGACAGUAAAGGUCAGCCGGGGGAGUCAAAUGAGGACCAGACCGUUGUAAAGCGACUGAGGGUAAUGUCUGUCGAUCAUGACCCCGGUAAUGCCUGCAGCGACUACAUGCAGAUUAAUUCAGACAGCCAGAGACGGUAGGCUUCAGUGAGACGGUAAAUGUUAAUGUGGUGUUUCUGGCAGAUUCGAGGUCAAGCUAGACCCACAGACGGACGAUAUACAUAUAUAGCACAAAACCUUCGAAGAGAGGACAACGCUCUGCUGCACAAAAACCUAAAAUCAUUGCUGGGAUGUACAGUUGAAAGGGGCAAUAAUCGAUUGGGGAUGAAGUCGUUUUCUAUUGAUUGUGUCUGUUCUAUGUACAUGUACUGUAUGUGUGUUUGUGUGCACAUGCCUUCCCAUAGAGAUAAACAGGGUCAUGUUCCUCGGCUAGAGAUGAAUGGUCUCUAGUGAGCUGGUAGCGUGUACUAACUUAGCAGCGUUAUUGUGGCCGUGUCUCAGUCUGUACAACCCAACAUCAAAAUUAAGGUGGCCCCAAGGAUAACUCAUCUGCUGGAAAAUGCAAAAAAGGAAAA